UAUAAAUUAUCAUACAUGUGCGCCUCCUGCCACAAGGGGUCACUGCUGUAACAGUCAACAGCGUAUUGUGUAAAUAUGAUUAAUUCAUUUAUUGACAUGUUUCAAAUACAAACCUUGUGUUUGUGUAAAAAAACAACUCUUUAACAGUGGCAGUAAAUAAUCACUAUUAAAAAAACACAGCCCCCCCCAAAAAAAUUUUUUUUUUCACCUGCCGUCACUGGAUAAAACCAUGUGAUAAAGUUACUUUCUAAUGCACAGCAGUCGUAACUCAAAUGCUAUGCUAACUGUUUCACCGCUUUGUGUUGUUCAAGCAGGAAAAAAAUCUUAUAAAUCACGCGCUUUCAUCUCCCGGGACACCUGGCCCCGUGGAAUCUCUGCGUACGCCACUGCACCCUGCAUCAACGGCGUAGCGCGUCACAGCGAUGGGCGGAAAGCGGUGUGGUCCAAACAGCACCACCCUGGGGAGGCUGAGGGAGUCGCCCAAAAGCGUGCUGAGUUAUUGGACGUCGGCCUACGUGUUGUUGCUAGGGGCGUGGGUUCAGCGUUGAGAAAUAUCCCGAUUUUUCUCACAAAAUCUCACCGGGAGGAACCGAGAGAAGACGACAAGCAGCGGAGCACGAGCCGAACGGAAGAUGCGCCGACGAGGAACCCGUGGCGCAGUGGACGUGAUGUGAUGUGAUCCAGUGUCCUGUGUCCAACCCUCACUCUGCUCCGGCACAACACUGAGGAAAAAAAAACAAAAACACCGGGAACGAUGCGGAGAUGCUGAUGUCACACUUCACGGCGCAGAUUCAGGGUUUCACCUGAAAAAAUCAUCUGAUUGGUUUGGCCCAAACACUGGUAUGUUGGCCGCUACAGGGACGGACAGCUGCGGACUUGGACGUCCCGUGACGUGCGUGCGGACAGGUUAGUGCGUGGCCCAGUGUCCACUCUAGAGGCCACGGACCAGUCUGUGGGACCCGUCACAUGUGUUCUGUGACAUCAGGUUUAACUUGAACAGUUCUGCGCUCCACUGCAGCAAGGUGCAGCCGGGAGAGAGAGAGACACAGAGAGACAGAGAGAGAGAGAGGCGGCGCGGGGGCGCGCAUCCUGCGAGCUGCACAUCCUGAGGAUGUUGAACAAGUGCUGAGCAAAUUCGAACCAUUAGGCCGUCCACCCUGCACUGGCGAACUGCGUCACUGCAUGUGAGUGUACUGCAGGUGGAUCACCGAGUCUCCCACCGGCAGUGGGGGCAGAGCAUGACCGUCCUCCUCCGUCCGGCCGCCGGUCAGUGUCUGACAGUUUACCGGCAUGGACUCGGCGGAGGAUUCAAACAAGGACCCGCCACUGGGAUCCACAUUUUCCUCGGCACCAAAUUUGGACUCGGACAUUAACGCGAACGCCUGUGGGCCCGUGUACGAGAACGGCACCGACUACAAUGUCAACAUACAAAACGCAGCCCUGCGAGGAGCCAGCGACCCCUCCGCCUACCCCUCCUCAGACUACCGGGGGCUCAUCCGCCAGAGGUUCGUCCGGCGGAGUUUGUGGGUGGCAGACUCCGAGGAGCAUGCCGUGGACACGCAGGAGUGUGUCGUGAGCAGCCCGGGGCUCAACAUAGACCUGCGGACCAUUGUUGACAGGAGUCGGACUCGGGUCCUUCACGGGACUCGCCGCGCUCUCCAGGAGACGUCCAGCACCGAGAGCCAGGCGGGGCUGAAGGAGAGCGCCACGGAGAGCGUGAGCGCAGACGAGGAGAAGGGCGAGGGCAGCGAGACGGAGCCCAAGGCUGAUGUCGUGCCCCCAGAUGUCACAACAGGUAAAGCAGGAAGUGACGAGAACGAAGAGGAGCCAGGGAUGAAGGCUGUGUCCACCUCGCCUGGAGGACGCUUCCUCAAGUUUGACAUUGAGCUGGGCAGAGGCUCCUUCAAGACGGUCUACAAAGGUCUCGACACCGAAACCUGGGUGGAGGUGGCGUGGUGUGAGCUCCAGGAACGUAAACUGUCCAAAGCAGAGAGGCAGCGCUUCAAAGAGGAGGCGGAGAUGCUGAAGGCUCUUCAACAUCCCAACAUCGUGCGAUUUUACGACUUCUGGGAAUCGCCGGUGAAGGGGAAGAAGUGCAUCGUUCUGGUGACGGAGCUCAUGACCUCAGGGACGCUGAAAACGUAUCUGAAACGCUUCAAGGUGAUGAAACCUAAGGUUCUGCGGAGCUGGUGCAGGCAGAUUCUCAAAGGUCUCCACUUCCUCCACACCAGGACACCUCCCAUCAUCCACCGGGACCUGAAGUGCGACAACAUCUUCAUCACCGGCCCCACGGGCUCCGUCAAAAUAGGAGACCUGGGCCUGGCCACUUUGAAGAGAGCCUCCUUCGCUAAAAGUGUCAUUGGAACACCGGAGUUCAUGGCCCCGGAGAUGUACGAGGAGCACUACGACGAGGCCGUCGAUGUCUACGCCUUCGGGAUGUGCAUGUUGGAGAUGGCCACCUCCGAAUAUCCGUAUUCCGAAUGUCAAAACGCUGCACAGAUUUACCGCAAGAUCACCAGCGGUGUUAAACCUGCCAGCUUCAGCAAAGUCAGUGACCCUGAAAUAAAAGAAAUAAUCGGGGAGUGUAUCUGUCACCGGUGGCAGGAACGGUACUCCAUCAAGGACCUGCUGAAUCACGCCUUCUUCGCGGAGGACACCGGCGUGAGGGUGGAGCUCAACGAGGAGGACGACGGGAAGAAAUCGUCGAUCGCUCUCAAGCUGUGGGUGGAGGACCCUAAAAAACUGAAGGGGAAAUACAAAGACUCCGGGGCCAUUGAGUUCACCUUUGACCUGGUCAACGAGGUCCCCGAGGUGGUCGCCCAAGAAAUGGUGGACUCGGGGUUUUUCCUGGAUUGCGACGUGAAGAUCGUCGGGAAGUCCAUCCGAGACCGAGUGGCUCUGAUCAAGUGGAGGAGAGAACGGACGUCAUCGGGGAACGCUGAGAAGCAGCAGAACCUUCUGCAGGUGCCCAGUUCAGGUGUACCACGGGGAACCACCCUGGCCCCGGCCGACACCGAGGACCAGGACACGGAUCAGCAGACUCUGGUCUGCACCGUCCAGGUCACCACCUCCACCACAACUGACAGUGGGGGGAGCUCUUCCCUGCUGGAUGAUCUCAACAGUCAGCAGAAUGGAUCUUUCCAGUCUCCCCCAGAGCCCACUCCCACAGCUCCGACCAUCUGCAGUCCACCUGGACAGGUCGACCCCCAGCUGCCCCCGGGGGGGUACCAGCAGCCCACAGCACAGGAAAACUACACCCAGUUGGUCCCAGAGACCUACCAGCUAACCAUGGGUCAGCUGCACCCUGGGGCUUACCAACAAACGGCAGCACAGCUGCACCAGGGGGCCUAUCAGUCCCAAACGAUGCUCUCUGCUCAGGCUCCAGCUACACCAGCUCAUACUUUACUUCAAAGUCGACAAACAGCACAGAGCUUUCCCACUGCAGACACCACUCUGCAGCCACAUGGCCAGGAGCAGGCAACAGUUCCACAGGGAACUUUAGGAGACGUUCAGGUCCAGCCCGUCCCACACGGCCUCCAGAGCCCACCGUGGGGGGACAGAGACGCCGCUGCAGCUAACCUGGACGUAACUGCACCUCCUAGUGGUCCAGCUCCGGUGCCGUCUACGCUACAAAUGGAUUCCCAGACACAGACACCAGUGUCGGCUCCGGCCUCAGCAGCGGGUACGGUGGCGGUCUCUGCUGGUCCGACGAGUGAACCAUCGACACUGACCCGUCCAGGCCCAGACGCACCUUCUGCUGCAGACCGACCCCAGCCCUCCGCGGGUUUGGUCUUCGCCUCGGUCCCUGUCACUCUUCCGGUGAAAUCUGCAGCCUUGGCCUCUGCUCCAGCUCCGGCUACGGCUGCGGCUGCGGUUGCAGAUGCAGUUUCAGCUUCAGUGCUGCACCCUGCUGGCAUCCACACAGCAGUGUCAUUGCCUGAAUGUGCCAGUCUGGGCACGACUCAGCAAAAUCUUGAAACCACAUUUGCAUCCAGCACCUUUCAACAGGAGCCUGGUGCAGAGGAAGUACAUCAGGACAGACCAGUAUCUUUACCCAGCUACACAUACGACAAUCUCAGUACUGACGUGACAUCUGGGAAGGAGACCAGUGACGGCUACGAGGGCUCGGCCGGUGGAGUCAAAGGCGACGGAAAACCCAGGAAACACCACCGCAAGUCUGCACGGACGCGUUCCCGACAAGAAAAGACCAGCAAACCCAAACUGAGCAUGCUCAAUGUCUGCAACACUGGCGAUAAAAUGGUUGAAUGUCAGCUGGAGACACACAACCACAAAAUGGUGACCUUUAAAUUUGAUCUGGACGGCGACGCUCCGGAGGAGAUCGCUACUUACAUGGUGGAGAAUGGCUUCAUUCUGCUGCUGGAGAAGGAGAUCUUCAUUGACCAGCUGAAGGACAUUGUGGAUAAAGCUGAGGACGUGCUGAACGAAGACAUGGAGGGGGAACAGGCCUCCACCCUGAGCUGCAGCCCCCAACAGGGGCAGAUAUCUGAGGGAGUGGUGGGAGAGACGCAGCAGCCUGGAGCUCCUCAGCCAGUCUACCAGCAGAACGUUCUUCACACGGGGAAACGCUGGUUCAUUAUUUGCCCCGUUGAAGAAACUCCCACGUCCAGCCAGGAGACGCCGUCUGACGGCACGACCACGCAGUCACCCGGGAGUUCGACCAACACCCAGCCUGCAGACAGCGGCACUGCAAGACCCUCCGCCUCCAGAGAUGAAGGUUCAUCGUCGACCAUGUCCGGCGGCAGCGGAGGUUUCUCCUACGAAGUGUACGGAUUCUGCAGCCCUCCCAUAAUGUCGAACACAGACCCUCUUCUUCUGGCCACCCUCUCCCCCCCUGUGUCUGCCCCACCGACCCUCCAGUCCGUGUCGUCGGUGGAGCCGGCCAGCAGCUGCGUGCAGCCCAGCGGGCCUCAGACCAGACCGACCAGAGCUCAGACUUUGCCGCCGUCAUCUCCACGCAUGUCUUUUCCCGUGCACGACCUGCAGGGGUCGCCUGUGGUUCCCAGUUCUCCGGUGCACUCCGCUCAGCCCAUACCUGACAUGGCCAGUCCGGUGUCAAUAGCAGAAGAAGUGCCGUGCUGCCCUCUAGUGAUGCCACUGUCCCUGGACGUGAGUGGACCCCAGGCCGGGUCUCCUCUGACCCCGCUCCCAGUCCAGGAGCAGGAUCCAGCCAAGGAGGCCGUGUCCGUCUCCUACACCACGGCCACACGCAGUGACCGCCCGCAGCAGCCCGUGGUGCUGCAUCAGCCGUUUUCCAGUAUGGGAGGAGCCAAAGUGUCCUCGCUCCCCCAGAGCCCGGCUCCUUCCCAACACGGGGCGGGGCCCGGCGAGUCCGACGGGGAAGGGCGACUCGGCCGCGGGGGCUUUGUUGACAGCACCAUAAAAACACUGGACGAGAAACUAAGAAACCUGCUGUACCAGGAAUACGCCCCCAUGUACCCAUCAGGCUGUGCGGCGGAGACACCAGGCUCCGGCACCGAGUACGUACAGUUUCCUCCUGGUCCAGAAAGCGCCACAGGGGGGUCGGGAAACAGCACGCCAGGGCCCAUGGGGGAGGGACGCUACAGGACGGGAGAACAGCUGCCUCAAAUUCCGGAGCGACUGGAUAGUCUGAGCACCCUGAGUGACUCAGCCGUCUGUGCGUCGCUGUCAAGAAGACAUGUCCCUCAUUCUGCUUCGUGCUCUGGAACAAGGGGCCGAUUCAAGAUCAUUUCUGUUCCUCCUGAAGUGGCCAACAGACGAGAUGUGAAACAAAGAAGUUGGAGCAGCGCCGCGUCCCCGGCUCACCCCUCCAUAUAUGGUCAGGACCAGGGUCCGACUGAGUCCAUGGUCACGUCCACCACGAUUGGCCGUUUCUCUGUGGUCAGCACCGAGGAUGACAUCACACAGAGAAACCGCUGCAGCCGAUAUUCCGCGCCGCCGGAUUUCUACCUGGACACUCCCCCCUCCAUGGCCAAGCGAGGGUCCCUGCCCCGCGCUUUGACCUCCAACUCGGUCCCCGCGGACGUCACCAUCCACGGCCGCUUCCUCUCCUCGGACUCCGGGGCGGAGAGUAGCCCGGCCAAGAUGGCUCCUGCCAGCCCGUCCCGACACACUCGCUCUGAACGCAGAGGAAGUGACCUCAUGAAGAGAGCGGUGGCCUUCCUCCGUCGUUCAGGGCGCAGCAGCAGCGUGCAGAGCUCCGACUCGCCCAGCAGGCACGGGGGUGUGCAGGGCUCGGCCUACGGCAGCAGCGACAACGACUCGGAGAUGGAGGACACGGACAUGAAGAGAGAGCUGCAGCGGCUGAGGGAGAAGCACCUGAGGGAGAUCUCUGAGCUCCAGGCCCAUCAGCGUGGAGAGGUUGAGCUGCUGUAUCGUCGACUUGGUAAAGCUCCUCCUCCAGGUCUGGGUCUUUCCAACGUCGCACCACACAGCAGCCGCAGGAAGAGGUCCAACAGGCACAAGCUGAAGCCCGGCAAACUUCUCAGUCCUCUGGUCCAGCAGUUCAGAAACGUCACGAGCAAAACGUCCGACUCCACCCGAUCCGGUGCUGCUGCAGGAACCGGGGAACCGGCGCUGAAUUUAAACGGUUCUCCGGCCAAGGCUCCGUACCCGGACUACGGCAGGGCUCGCUCCUGCACCAGUCACAUUCCCAGCUCCACCUCGGAGCCGGUGCAGACUCAGCAGCCCUGCUCCCUCAAGGGCUCUCUGUCCUCUGAUAAUAUUUACGCUGGACUGCACGCAGACGGUACCAGCACACCGGCUGCACCAGUACCAGGCUGGUCUAAUUACCCCCAACCAUCCGAGAGAGUCAGCCAUAAAUCCAGUAGCAAGCCGCGAGCUAGAUUUCUCAGUGGGCCUGUGUCUUUGUCUAUCUGGACGACACUGAAGAGACUCUGCAUCGGGAAAGACCGCGGCAACAGGUCCGCACCAGGACCGGGCGCUUUCAAUCAGCCCCAGCAGCCGCCCCCUGGUGCCACACCUCCACCGCCUCCUCACCAGUCGGUGAUGGCACAGGCUCAGGCCAAUAACAGCAACAACAAGACCAGAACGUACAGCGGAACGUCCACCAGUGUCCACGACAGAGACUUGCCCGAGGACCUGCAGCGUCUCAUGGACGACUGGGCUCAAGAAGUUCUCAUUGUCACCCAGAGGCCGCGCACGAGUUCACUGAACUACAGUGAGCAGCGGCUGUGGGACCAGGUGGUUCAGAGGCAACUGGUGUCCUCCUGGACGGUCCCUAACUCUGAGGCCUACAGUGUCCCCCUGUCCUGGCCCGACAGCCCGGGGUCCACGAUGAUGAGCAGCCCCUCUACAGCGCCCCCUCCCAGCUAUCAGCUCCACUGUCCCGCUCCGUUCAGGGCCGUGUCGGCCUACCCUCUCCCCGUGGGGGUUUUUGCCUUCCCCGUGGCAUCCUCGGCCCAGGGCAACAGCAGCCCCACGUCUGCCCCCUCGUGUCAGCGGUCCAACCCCAGAACCAGAACUUUUUAACCAGAGUAGCAUUGUGUCUUCCAGCUCUACUAUAGGAAAAAAAAAGAAGAAAAAAAAUUAACGAUAGUGCUAGUCAAUCUUUUGUGCAUAUACUGUAUAUAUAGUAUAUAUAUAUUUAACCAGCAUGUAUGUAACCAUAUGUACAUACGUGUGUGUGUGUGUGUAUUCAGUGCUGGUUCGUUCGCAUCAUCUCACCUCGUCGUCCCAGUGUUGGUGGGAGUCGAG